GCUCGGUGCCCACUGUCGUGCCAGCUUGGUGACUCGGUGCCCGCUGUCGAGCUUGGUGACCCAGUGCCCGCUGUUCUGCCUGAUGACUCGGUGCCCGCUGCUCCGCCCGAUGGCCCGGUGCCCGCUGCCUCGCUCGAUGGCCCGAUGCCCGCUGCCUCGCCCGAUGGCCCUGAUGUCCCGCUGCUCCGCCUGAUGUGCCUCUGCCCGCUGCCCAGCCUGAUGUGCCUCCGUCCGCUACCCAGCCUGAUGUGCCUCCGUCCGCUGCCCAGCCUGAUGUGCCUCCGUCCGCUGCCCAGCCUGAUG